GGAAAGAGAUAACAGAAAUUCAAUCUAAACUUCCCUGUGAGAAAGAGAAGACAGUAUCUGUGAAGCAGAUUGAGUCUGUACAGAAAGUUGGUUUACCACAUAUGAAAGUUGUACCAGCUGUCCAGUCACCUAAUGUCACAUCUGACAUGGAUCAAAAGAUUACAAAAAAAGUUCCCAAGGCAAGAGAUUUGACCAAGAAUCUAUUAUUUUCACCUCUGGAAAUGACUCAUAUUGAACUACCACAGCUAAAGCUACCUGUAUUUGAUUCACCACCUAGAAAAGUACAGCGUACCUCUCGACUUCUGUCUAGACCUAUAAGACUUUUUCCAGAAUACAGUUUUCAAGAAAAGGAACCUUCUACAGAAGAUACAACACUUGAAUGCACUAGGAAUGAAGCCAUUCCUGUGGAGGUCAACAGAGAAAGAAAUGAACUAGUUCUUGCAUCAGAAAUCACAAUAUUUGAAGACCAUAUGGAAGUGGAGGAAACACAAGAUAUGGAGCAGGUAACUAGCACAUUCAGCAGAACACCAGUACAGACACAGAGUCAGCAUCAGCUGGAACAACAACAACAGCAGCAAAAGCAGCUCUUAGGGCAACAAGGGAAACAAGAGCAGAGGCAUCUUAUGCAUCAGCAAGUACAUGAACAAAGGCAAGAUGACCAGACUCAUAUACUCCAAGAUCUGCAGACAUCAGAACAACUGCAGCAGCAACAACAACAACAACAGCAACUACAACCACUGCAGGAGCAGUGCUUUUGGCAACAGGAGGAGCACCAGCAGGACAAGAAUGAUCCACAGCAGUGUCAAAAUGAAGCUCCAACAGAACAUGUUAUAGACAUGCAAACAGAUGAUGAACCAGCUGGGGAAAUGAGAAGCUCCAGUCAACCUUUAAGUGACAAUAGUGAUAUAUGUGACAUGCAUCACAUCAGCCACGAUGAAUCUUUUGACUCCACAAGUGAAAGAGCACGAAGAGAAUUUCUUUCAAAAGUAACUAAAUCACCAGAAUUCAUGUUCAUUCCAAGGAAGGACCUCAAUACAGAAGAGGUUGACAAGGGUGAUGACGUACAAAUAGAUACGAGAUCUCAAUAUUUUUUGAAUCCUCUUCAAUCUUGCAGUGAACAAAGAACUGUAACAGAGCAAGAGAGACAACAAGAGGCAACAAAACAACAGAAUGUUGUACCACAAGACAUUGGUCAAGAAUGUUCAGAAUCUGCAGAAGAUUUACGUGCACGAGAGCACACUGGAGGAGGGGUUUCACCCAGAGAAACAGAAACUAAUAUGGAGGGCUCGGAUGAUUUACUAGCUGUAUCAUUCCAUUCUCUCUCUCCACCUGAAGAGGGCAUUGGAAUGCCUCUAAGCCCUCCAUCAAGUCAAGCUCAGGGGCAUGCUGGAAAUCAAGGUUUCAUGUUCAGUUUUGCACCACAAUCUUCAGGAAGUAUAAUGUCUCUCUUUGGUGAAGGAGAGCCAAACCAAGAACAGGAAGAUAGUAGUGUUCAACAAAAGAAGAGUGAAGCCUUCACUUUUACCUUCAACAAAAAGACCAAAUCAUCUAGUUUUUUCAAAUUGUUUUAACUGUUUCUGUUUCUAAUUUUAUUUAUCACUUUCACUACAGUCAAAACAUUUGUCCAAUUGAAUAUUGUUUUCAACUUGGGUUCAGUUUGCUAGUACU